UAGGCGAUUUAGAGAAACUCUCUCCAAAAUUUUACUCAAAACCCUAAGGAAAUCCCGCCAUAAAUUUUAGGGUUCAUAAAGUUAUAAUCAUCAGCAUCAGCUUCGUUGUGAAUCUUUCAUCUGUCUUCUCCGAUUUUUCUUUACAUUUUUGUAAUUUGUGUUUAUUUUUGUAAAUUAGAGAUCCAGGUAAUGGAUUCUUCUGGUAGUGAAAGUCCUCCAAUUGAGGCAAAAAAAGGAAGUAAAUCAAAAGCUCCAAAAAAAGCCAAGGAAAGUAUUCUAAAGCAGAAAUCUCCCGCGGAGUUUUUUGCUGAAAAUAAGAACAUUGCAGGAUUUGAUAAUCCUGGGAAAAGUCUAUACACAACUGUGAGAGAACUUGUUGAAAAUUCACUUGAUUCAGCGGAAGCCAUUUCCGAGCUUCCUGUAAUUGAAGUAACCAUUGAGGAGAUUGGGAAAAGCAAGUUUAACUCUAUGAUUGGACUUGUUGACCGAGAACGCGUUGAUGAAGCUUUAUAUGAUGAUUUCGAAAAUGCUAAAGCCCGCGAGAAACGCCUUGCCAAGGAAGCUCGAGACCAGGAAACCCAAGCGAAAAAUAUUGCCGCUGGGAAGAAGGUCAAAGAGCCUGCUCAAAAGGCCAUGAAGGGACGGGGUGAGGCCUCAUUUUUCAGGGUGACUUGCAAGGACAAUGGAAAAGGAAUGCCUCACGAUGACAUCCCCAAUAUGUUUGGAAGAGUUCUGUCGGGGACAAAAUAUGGCUUGAAACAGACCCGUGGAAAAUUUGGACUUGGUGCGAAGAUGGCUCUGAUUUGGUCCAAAAUGAGUACUGGACUUCCUAUAGAGAUCUCAUCAUCAAUGAGGGGUCAAAGUUAUACAACAUUCUGCAGGCUGGAUAUUGAUAUUCAUCGAAACAUCCCACAUGUGCAUUUACAUGAGAAACGGGAUGAAGAGCGGUGGCAUGGAGCUAAAAUUCAAGUUGUCAUUGAGGGAAACUGGACGACAUAUCGUUCAAAGAUCCUACAUUAUAUGCGUCAGAUGGCUGUGAUCACCCCAUAUGCCCAGUUUCUCUUUAAGUUCGUUUCAGAUGUAGCAGAUAAAAAUGUCGCUAUAAGAUUUGCACGAAGAACAGAUGUAAUGCCUCCAGUUCCUGUUGAGACAAAGCAUCAUCCGUCUGCGGUUGAUUUACUACUCAUCAAGCGACUUAUCACGGAAACUUCAAAGCCGAACCUUUUGCAGUUUCUCCAGAAUGAGUUUGUAAAUAUAGGCAAACCCUUUGCCGAGCGUUUAAUUGGAGAAAUGGGACCAGAUUUUAGUCCUAAGACAGCAGUUAAAUCUCUCACAUCGCAACAAAUUGUUCGGAUCCAUCAGUUGUUUCGUCAGGCAAAAUUUGACGACCCCAGUGGAAAUUGUCUUAGUCCUGCUGGAGAGUACAACCUUCGCCUUGGUAUCAUUAAGGAGCUGCAUCCUGACUUGGUUGCAACUUAUUCAGGCAGUCCUCAAGUUUUCGAAGGUCAUCCAUUCAUUGUGGAAGCUGGUGUUAGCUUGGGUGGAAAAGAUGUUAAGCAAGGUCUGAAUAUUUUUCGGUUUGCAAACCGUAUCCCACUCCUUUUUGAGCAAGGUGCUGAUGUCGUCACAAGAACUGCCCAGAAGAGAAUCAAUUGGAACAACUACAAGAUCAACCAGACACAAGAUAAGAUCGGGGUUUUUGUGAGCAUAGUAAGCACUAAAAUACCCUUCAAAGGCACUGGAAAGGAAUAUAUUGGGGAUGAUAUUAGUGAGAUAGCAUCAGCUGUCAAGGCUGCCAUUCAGCAGUGCUGUAUUCAGCUGAAAUCCAAGAUAGUAAAAAAAAUUCAAGCUCGCGAGCAACAAGAGAGAAAGCGGAACUUAACAAGGUACAUUCCUGAUGUUACGGGUGCUAUUUAUGAUGUUUUGAGACAAACUGCUCAAGCACAUUCGUCAAAGAAGAAGCGCUAUGAUGAAGAGGAUGCUGAAAUCCUAAAGCAAGUGUCAGCUCGUUUGAUUACAAAGCAGACGUUGCAUGAUAAACUUGCCAAACACGUUGAGCAGGUGGAUUACGAGAUGGCAAUGGACUACGCCACACAGAGUGGAGUGAGUGAAGAGCCCAGAGAAGCCAUUUAUAUUCAGGCAGUGGGCGAUACACAGAACUUCGUCGACCUAUGUAGCCCUGUUUGUGUCUUCAGGCUAUUCCAGUAAAGAGCCAUGUAUUUGUAAGCUGUUUUCUUCGUCAAACUCCCGAUAUCCAAGUUAUCAGCCCCAUAACAGUUAUAUAUAAAGUUAAAAAUUUAAGUUAUGUUUCUUGCUUUGCAUUCUAUCUAAAGGAUGUCAAGUGAGAGUUUUCAGAGGUGUUUAUUAUGUCUACUGUGACGAUAACUUUAUGUAGCUCAAAAUUGUGUAGAACAGAAAGAACUGAUAUACGAAAUUCAUACUGAAAUGUUCAGGCAUGGUAUUAGUGAAAA